CGCUCCCAGUUCAGUGCAAGGGGCGGGCCUCAGUGCGGGAGGAUCUUGCCUGGUAGCCACCAAGAGGGAGCCUCUGGAGGUUGCAGAGUACAUGGGAAUAUGAGCAUGGCUACAAUAAUCGCAUUCAUCAUACUUAAGUUUGAAUCUCAUUUCCUGUUUGGACAUCGUGGGGAGCUCAGCAGCACUGGCAACGAUGCAGAGUUCUCCAGCAGAGGUGACCAUGCAAUCUCAAAAUAGAAAGAGGGCCCCAGCAUGGACCGAUCGGGAAGUCUUGGAUCUGAUCGCUGUGUGGGGUGAUGAGUCCGUGCUUUCGGAGCUGCGAUCGAAAAGACGGAAUGCAAAAAUCUACGAGAAGAUCUCAAAAGCCAUGACAGAGAGAGGAUACAGCCGGGAUGCAACGCAAUGCCGCGUGAAAAUCAAGGAGCUGAGACAAGCGUACCAGAAGACCAAAGACUCAAACGGACGCUCCGGAUCCCAGCCCCAGUCAUGCCGUUUCUACAAGGCACUGCAUUCCAUUCUAGGUGCGGCCGCCACCACUACCCCACCACUGACUGUGGACUCUGAGGAUGGGAUAUUGUCGACGGCCGCUUCCUCUGAGAUGUUAGCGGACAGGGAAGAUGAGGAAGGUGAGGAGGAGGAGGAGGCAGUCGACAGCGCUUACAACGCUGAUUUCCCAGACAGCCAGGAUCUCUUCAUCACCCUCACAGAGAUCCCCUACCAACCAUCCCCAGGCAUUAACCCGGACCCUGAAACAGGGGAAGGAUCAGUCGCUGCCAUCCUACCCUGCCAUCCCCCUCACAGGGGCUGGCGCAGAUUAGGCGUAGAAAGAAAAGGACACGGGACGACAUGUUCUCAGACCUUAUGGGCUGCUCCCGAGCUGAGUCGGCACAGCAGACCCAGUGGAGGGAGAACAUGUCGCAAUACCAGCGAGCACACAGCAAACGGGAAGAGAGGUGGCGGCAGGAAGACCAGCAGGCGACUCAAACGCUGCUUGGACUAAUGAGGGAGCAAAUGGACACGCUCCGGCGCCUUGUGGAUGUUCUGCAGGACCGGAGGCAGGAGGACAGAGCCCCGCUGCAGUCUCUCUCUAACCGCCAUCCCCCGCCACAAAGUCCCAUACCCCCCUCACCCAAAGUCCCAAGAAGGAGGGGCGGCAGGUGCCGUGAAAACUGUCACUCCACCCCUGCAGACUGCUCAAG